UUUCCCUUAAAUUGAGGGGCAAUCAAACGGUCACUUAUACCCGCGUCCAGUUCGCAUCUGCCGGCGAUCAACGAACACGACCGCCGAUGGAAAUGGACGAUCGUCGCUGAUUCAAAGUAAACGCACAAAAGAAGAAUAAACUGGUGAAAGCUCACAAAUCAAUCAGCUCCGAAAAUGUUCGCCAGAUUCUUUCAAAAGAACGUACAACAACAAGAAAAAGAACAUGAAGAACGAAAUCAGCAUCAUCAGCAACAACAUCAACCACAGGCGCCUCAGGGAAGUUUGAGAUCAGCAGACUUGAAUCCACGCAUUACGAUACACUAUGGGAUUCCGGCUACAGCAUCUGUUCUAGCUUUUGAUGCCAUUCAAAGCCUCUUGGCAGUAGGGACUCUGGAUGGCAGGAUAAAAGUGAUCGGUGGUGAUAAUAUCGAAGCACUGCUUGUGUCUCCUAAGCAGCUGCCUUUUAAAAAUUUGGAGUUCAUGCAAAAUAAAGGUUUUCUGGCCAGCAUCUCGAAUGAAAAUGAAAUUCAGGUUUGGGAUUUGGAGUGUAGACAACUUACCUCUGCUUUACAGUGGGAGUCCAACAUAACAGCAUUCUCUGUCAUCUGUGGCACCAGUUUCAUGUAUGUUGGUGACGAGUAUGGGAUGGUUUCUGUAUUAAAAUAUGAUGCUGCCGAAGGAAAACUGGUGCUAUUGCCAUAUUAUGUUCCAACAAACAGUAUUACUGAAGCAUCCGGGAUUUCAUUGCAUAAUCAUUCUAUCGUUGGAAUUCUACCUCAACCUUGUUCUCAGGGAAGCAGAUUGUUGAUGGCAUAUGAAAAUGGGUUGAUUGUUAUCUGGGAUGUCUCUGAAGAUCGAGUUGUUCUUCUUAGAGGCAAUAAGGUUCUCGAAAUGAAGAGUGAGGCAGUGGCUGAUUCUUUAAAAGGCAAAAGUAAGCAGUCUGAUGAAUUAUCUGAAGAUGAACAAGUGGAGAAGGAGAUUAGCUCUCUCUGUUGGGCAUCCACAAAUGGGUCAAUUCUUGCUGCUGGUUAUGUUGAUGGAGAUAUAAUGUUUUGGGACCUAUCAACUGCUGCCUCUUCCAAAGAUCGGCAAGCUGAAAAUUCAUCUAAUAAUGUUGUUAAGCUACAAUUAUCAUCUGGGGCCAAAAGACUUCCUGUCAUUGUUUUGCAUUGGUCUGCCCAUGGAUUGCAUAAUGAUCGUGGUGGCCAACUCUUUGUCUAUGGUGGUAAUGAAGUUGGAUCUGAAGAAGUUCUAACGAUUUUGAGCAUUGAUCAGUCUUCAGGAAUUAAGUCUCUGAAAUGUAUUGCCCGUGUUGAUCUUAGACUUAAUGGUUCCUUUGCUGACAUGGUUCUAUUAAGACAUGCUGGUAUGAUGGGAAGUAGUGGCACUAUGCUUCUUGUAUUGACAAACCCUGGAAAUUUGCACUUCUACAAUGAUGAUUGCUUAUCCGAGCUAAUGUCCCUGCAAGAAAAGGCUGCUUCUGUUUCUUCUAUUCAGUAUCCUAGGCUCAUACCCGCUGUUGAACCAUGCAUGACGACAGGGAAGCUAGCUAUGUUAUAUAGAGAAGGGAAGCUAUCAAGGAUUCUUUCAGAGAUUGUUUCUGCUGCAAAAUUCCCAGAAGCUUCACAGAAUAGAACCAUUAAUACAGAGUGGCCUUUGACUGGCGGUGUUCCCAGCCUUCAUUUCAGUGCCGAGGAUUAUCAGAUUGAAAGAAUAUAUUGUGCCGGUUACCAAGACGGAUCUGUCCGGAUAUGGGAUGCCACAUACCCAACGCUGUUACCAAUUUAUGUUUUAGGAUCUGAGGUGGAAGGUAUUGAAUUUGCUGGCGCUAGUGAAUCAGUAUCAGUGUUGGAAUUUUGCUCCUCGACUUUGAGUUUGGCUAUUGGCAAUGCGUGUGGUGUUGUUCGCCUGUAUAAUCUAAUCAGGAGUCCAGAUGAAACAAGUUUGAACUUUAUAAUGGAAACUGAACGAAAAGUCCACAUUUUGCCCCAAAGCGAUGGACCUCAAUGCACAGCUAUUUUUUCCUUCCUCAAUUCUCCUGUAUGCUCCUUACAAUUUGCAAAUUUUGGCAGAAGGCUUGCUAUAGGAUUUAAAUGUGGCCGGGUUGCAAUGGUCGAUACUAGUUCAUUAUCAGUGUUAUAUCUUACAGAAGAUGUCUCCAGUUCAAGUUCCACUGUCUAUUCUUUGGCUGUGAAAUCAUUUUCAGAUGCUAGUAAUUCUGCAAAAUUUCCAAAGAAUGAUGAAUCUAAAUGUUUUGGAAAUCCUGAGAAGUGGGAAUUGUUCAUUAUGACCAAGGAUGCACAUGUCAUUGUUUGUGAUGGAACCAAUGACAAUAUUGUUGUUUCUAAGCCAGUAUACCCUAAAAAGGAAUCAACUGCAGUUUCUUUGUACAUUAUAGACAGCGGUGAGCCAUCAUCAGAAUUAUCCAAUGGGAAGCACUCAUUGAAUUUGUCUCAGAUCAGUGAAGCUAAAGCUGAACCUGUUCAAAGUGAUACUCAUCAUGAAAGUGCUCCACUUGAAGUUGUGACUCCCAUCAAAUCUGCACAUAUAGAACAGAGAGUGGCGAAUUAUCUUGUUUUACUCUGUUGUGAAGAUGCAUUGCGUUUAUACCCUUUCAAGUCUGUGUAUCAGGGAGAUAGUGACUCGUUCCGGGAGGUGAAUCUUUCAAAACCAUGUUGUUGGACUGCAACCAUCAAGAAGGAAGAGAAACAUUGUGCGUUGAUUGUCUUUUAUCGUACUGGAGAAAUUGAAAUAAGGUGCUUGCCAAACCUUGAAGUGUUAGGAGAAUGCUCUUUAAUGUCAAUUCUGAGGUGGAACUUCAAGACGGACAUGGAAAAUACUACUUGUUCCUCUGAUAGUGGACAAAUUAUGUUGGUAAAUGGGUCUGAAUUUGCUAGUAUAUCUCUGCUGGCCUCUGAGAAUGACUUCAGGAUUCCGGCUUCUUUACCUUGUCUCCAUGAUAAAGUCCUUGCUGCUGCUUUUGCUGAUGCUUCUGCCAUUCCAUCCAACGGUGAGAAGAAAAUACAGGGCCCUGCCCCUGGCUUUUUAGGUGGCAUUAUUAGGGGCUUCAAUGUGAGUAAAAUGGAGGAGAAUGUUAAUCUUUCUGAAGUUUGCGAGAGUAACUUUGCACAUUUAGAGGACAUAUUUUCCUAUCCCCCAUUCUUAAAGCCUUCCCUGUCCAUCAUGGAUGACCAAGAUAUUGUGGAGCUUGAUAUAGACGACAUUCAAAUUGAUGGACCUGUUGUUUUUUCGUCUUCCUCCAAAACAACCAAGAAUGAUGCACGAGAUAAGGAAACAGAGAGACAAAGACUGUUUGAAGGUGCAACCACUGAUGCAAGACCAAAGGCCAGAACAGCUGAAGAAAUUAGAGCUAAAUACAGGAAGGAGGAUGUUUCUGGGGCUGCUGCACGUGCUAAGGACAAGCUCAUACAGCGGCAGGAGAAACUUGAGAGGCUCAGCCUACGUACGGAAGAGCUGCAAAGUGGGGCGGAGAAUUUUGCAUCAAUGGCUAAUGAGCUCGCCAAGACGAUGGAAAAACGUAAAUGGUGGAACAUAUGAGAGAACCUGGUGCCAGUAAGCUGUUCAUCGGUCUAUCAAUUUAGCAUGAUGACACCUGCUUGGACAUGGUCAAGCUCUCGUGACACAUUAUUCUUCUGAGGUAAGACAUGAUGAUCUCUUCUUGUGUACAGUCCAUCCAGAUACGCCAUACUUGCAGAGCAGGCGGAAAAACUACUUGUUAACUCCAACCAAAAAAGCAAGGCUUGUGCUACGAACGAGCUCUCACUUUGUGACAGACUAUUGAUCAUUGCAGUUGACAGUUUUCCCUUAGAAGAACAGUCUGAUAAGACAUUUGCUUAGAAGAAGUGUCAAAUUAUUGAUCAAGAUCCGCUACAAUUGUAUUUGCUUGGAAUUGUGGCUUGCACUUGUAAUGUAAUGGUUUGGAUAUAAAGAUUCAACUGCUAAAACAGAUUAAGCUUAUUGAUUACCAUACCUUUUUUUUGUCCUAAGAAGGGAUUCUAGAUUACCAACAA